AGAAAACUGUGCGUCUAUUUUUUUCUCGUAUACGUCUGCGUCAUUCACUUUUUCUCAUGACAGAGUGCUAAUGAGACUUUUCCAGUUUGACUCUGGAAACUUUGCAAUCAUCAGCAAUUCUUUUUCUAGACAUUUGUUGUUUUCAAACAAGUUGGCCACUGCUGACAAGAUUUUAACUGCCCAGAAAAAUCUGUUUUGGUCAUCAAAUACUCUGAUCUGUUGGGGAAAUCCCAGCGGUAUGGAAUAAUCCUCUUUUCUUUCAGUAUUUUAUAGGUGAGGCCUAAGUGAAAGGGCUGGGGGUUACAGAGGCCUAUCUGUUUACUGAGGGGAAUUGGACUCUGUACACUUCCUUGUUUCCCUUCAGGAUUUCAACGAUGAAUUCUCAGAUCUGGAUGGAGUGGUUCGACAAAGAAGGCAAGACAUGGAAGGAUACAGCAGCUCUGGGUCUCAGACUCCUGAAUCCGAGAACUCGCGAGAUUUCCAUGUGACAGAAUCCCAGACAGUUCUGAAUGUCUCCAAGGGAGAAACAAAACCAACUCGGGCAGAUGCCCAUGUGAAUAGAGUGCCUGAAGGAAAAGCCAAGAAUCUCCCUGUACAUGGUCAGUCAGAAACCAUUGGAGACUUACACAAAGUCAGGUCUCAGACAUGUAUGACUCUCCACCAUAUUCUUAUAUUUUACGCAAUCAUUGUGUGUGCACUAAUCAUCUCGACCUUCUACAUGAGAUACAGAAUUAAUACUCUGGAGGAGAGGCUGGGGUCACUGACCUCCAUUGUGGACACUCAUCAUCAUGAACAGACAGCACCAUCUGGCCUGGGGUCACAAGUACAGUUAAAUGUGGAGGUCCUCUGCCAACAGCUGACGGCUAACAUAAUGAAAUUAGAAAAGUCUCUGUUAGAACCCUGCCAGAUGGAUGUCACUCUUCUGACAGACGAAGAGUCCAAGUUUCCAAGUAACUGGCUCAAGGAGACACGCGGAGAAAGUUGGCAGAUCUGGAAUUUGAACCAGAUACAAAACAACCUACAGAAGCUGCUUGAGAAUGGUGACUGACAGACCGGAUUGUUCAGGCCAACAUGAUACCUCAAGCUUCCCUUUGAAGAAGGUGUUCCCCUCGGCAUUCUGGCGGAGCGCUCCCUGCUGGCCAGAGGAGCGGGCCGACCGGCAUCCCCAGCCAUGUUUGCACUUGAAGGUCUCCAGCUCAGCAAGGGGUGGGGGCGGGAUAAUUCUGGUUCCUGUGCAAUAAACAUUGACCCUCUGUCUCUGAGGAAGUUCUCAGUGCUGCCGCCUGAACACAGACCCAUCUCUGGAGGUCUCAGGACGGGCCUGGUGGACACUCUCUCGGAUGAUCGUGGUUCCACGGUUCUCCUGUGUCAGCAAACACACUCCACUCCGUGCCUUCUUAGUCUUUUCUGUGCUCCUUUUCUCUCCUUUACACCCCUCUGAACCAGCCUUCGAACUAAGGGAUAGAUCAUGUGCCAAAAACCUGAUACGGUCCUUUCAAGAAUUAGCCCUGACUCUUCCAAAACAGACUUGCCUCAAACAAACACCAGCAUUUUUUCUUUUCCGCUCUUCUCUCGUUCUGUUCUGCUUGAAAUCACCCUGUGUAUCUUCUCAAUUCAGGAUGGGCAGGAAUACCACAAAACAGAUUAAAAAUAAUCCUGUUUAUGUUUUGUUUUGUUCCUGUAACUAAUACUUAAUUGGACUGAUCAUCACCCACCCCAGAUCAAGAAUCUAUGACCACAUGUGACUGAAGUACUAAAUUAAACUUACUCUGAAACCAAAACUAAUCUUUAAACCAAAAAGUACAAUAUGAUUUGAUACUGGAUGAAAAACACUGAAUUUUUAAGUUUAUAGGUGGACUAUGUUACAGUUUUGAAACAGGAUGCCUAUAUGGAAUGCUGAAACCCCUCUCAGCAUGACAAAUGCAUGCUUCUCUCUUUUACUGACUAAAAGAAGUAACUGGUGGUUUCCUAACUUCUAUUUACGAUAUGGGAUGGCUGGUUUUAUUAAUAAUUAUUUAGGUACCAUAAGAUCUGUAAUAUAAAUGAUAUUCUGUUUCUAUUGGCAAUGCAUUUUAUAAUCAUUUCUAUGAAAUGUAUUUUGUUUAAUCAGAUAAGCUAAUAAAUGAAUUGGUUACAUCUUUUGUUAUUUGUUAGCCUGCUGGACAAGAACUGUGCCUGGUGCACCCCCCUGGCUUUUAAUAAAUCCUCACUGGUUAAAAUACCCUGCUAA